GAAGAUGAAGAUGAAGGUGCGGGAGUUGUUUCUAAAGCGGAUCUUAUCUAGGCAAUCAAUUUAAGUUUCAGUUAGACGGAUUUAUUUGCGAGCUGUUUUUCAUUUGGUGGACAGCGAGUUCUCAUCAAGAACAGUCAUACAGUCUCAUAAUAAAGAAGACUUUUGGCAAAAUACCAAUGAAAGCUCCGAAUUUAAGAAGUGCUGUCUUGUACGCAGAUUUUAGCGUUCGCUUUCACUUUCACUUUUUCACAUUUAUUCGAUCAAUUCUGCGUUAGUCUUCAGCAUAAAUGUGAUGAAGAAGAUGCUUACUUUUUUGGUAGGAUACCUAUUUCUAGUGCAUGGCGUGUCUGGUGAUGAUACAGAUGAAGUGUCAGUGAUGGAAGGAGAUUCAGUCAUUCUACACACUGAUGUUGACACAAACAAAAAAGAUAGAAUGACAUGGUAUUUUAAUAAAAUUCGUAUAGCUCAAAUCAAUGGAGAUCAGAAUAAGAUCUGUACAGAUGUUCAGUGUCCCCAGAGAUUCAGAGACAAACUGAAUCUGACAGACAGAUCUCUUAUGAUCACAAAUAUCAACACCACAGAUGCUGGACUUUAUAAAGUAGAGAUCACCAGCCGUAACAUCGCAAAGACCUUCAGUGUUAAAGUUCAUGGUGUUUCUGCUGCUGAACGAGAUGAAAUGAAAAGAAAGUCAGUGAAGGAGGGAAAAUCUGUCACUUUGGAUGCUGGUGUAAUAAAAACAAAUGAUGUGAUCACGUGGUAUUUUAAUGACACUCGUAUAGCUGAAAUCAAGACCAUUAAUAGUUGUACAGAUGUUCAGUGUAAAGACAGAUUCAGAGACCGACUGCAGCUGGAUCGUCAGACUGGAUCUCUGACCAUCACAGACACCAGAACCACAGACUCUGGACUUUAUAAACUACAGAUCAAUAGCAGCAGAAUCUGCACCAUAAAGACAUUCAGUGUUGCUGUCAUUAAGUCAGGACAGAUUCAGUCUUCAGCUGCUGUAGAAAGAAAACGUCAUGGUGCUGUUGCUGUUGUUCUGCUGUUUGUUGCUACUGCUGUUUGUAUGAUUUACUAUCACAAGCAUCAAAAAUUAUGAACUGAUGGGCGGUUCCUUGAGAUAAUUUGCUGGAGGCUGCGAUUGGUUCUCCUCCUCACCUGAUCCAGAUGUAAGGACUGCCCCAAACACUCAAUCUCUGCCGUGAUUGUACCAUCGUGUGUGACUCUGUAGUUUGCCGUUGUCAUUCGUUUAAGUCUUUUGAGUGUCUUACCAGUAGGGAUGUGCCGAUCGAAGCUUCUGAAGCAGUGAGGCUUUUACAACAAACAAAAAAAAGCUUUUGACACAGUGCUCUACUCCGCCAUCUGCUGGUCAAUAAAAAUUCCUACACCAGCUGUAUCAUUCAGAUGAUUUGUUUGUUGGGAUGUCAUUGUAAGGUUUAUUUGUAUAUACAACUUGUGUAUUUUUAUUAACAAUAAUACACCUCGUAAAAAUAAAAUUAAUUAAAAAAACUACAUACAUAUAGGCAUGACAUGAUGGAUAUAGUUAUUAUAUUGAUAUAAUUAUGGGUAUAGGACAGCGCAAUCAAACAGGUCAAUGUAUUUAUUGUAAUCGGGCUGAAAAUAGAGCAUGUUUUAAUAAAUUGUAAAAAAAAAUAGUGUCGAUCUACCCAUGCCUACUUACCAGAGAGAUAGUGUGUGGGUGCUUAAGAUUGUGAGUGUGAUUGUAAUUCUGUGAUAGUAUUUUUGUUUCCAUUCUGUGAUAUUACUUGUUAACUUGACCCACGCCUGACUGACUACGAUUCUGAUUGUGAAUUGUUUACUGUUAACUUGUAGGCUAUAUAUCUUUUGUAAAUAUUUUAUAAAUAAGUAUUGGGUAAGUUAAGGGUUGUAGGGGGUUAGACACCAUUUUAUUUUGAAACAUAUUUUCUCAUUGUUUUUGGUUUAAGGAGUCAGGUAAGUUGAAACUGUAUUUUUGUUUUCUUAAUUUUGUUUAGGAAGUAGCCUAUAGCGUGUUAACAAAGAUAUAUAUAUAUUUUUUUAUUUUGGCCUUGUCUGCCCCUGAAGCUAAGCCCUUAUUUGUAAAUAAAUUCUUGUAAUUCAA